AUGGUCCUCCUCGUUACGACGGAUCGUAUCCUGAAUGCCUUCGAGGCGGUACCCGGCUCGUGCCGGCAGGAACUUGAUCUUCCUGCGACGCUGGAACUCCAUGGCCCGAUUGCGCACGAGCAGAUCCUCCGCCUGUCGAAGCACCUACAACACGAUGCCGAAUACAACGCGAUACAGGGUAUCGGUCGCAGCCCUACAAUACUAAGUGCUUUGCUACGCGGAACCAAAGUCUAUGUCCCGCCUCCGCCAAAGAAGCCAGAGCCUAGCCCCGAAUACCUUGCAUCCAAAGCUCGCCUCCUCGCCGCCGAAGAAAAAGCCGCCUACCAACGCCUCUUGCACCCAAGCUACGCCCCCAACCCGAACGACGCAGACCGACUCAUCGCGACCAGCGAUGCUCCCAUUGUUGAAGAAGACACGCUCACCCCGUCACUGGUGUUCAACAUCUUUAUCUCGGUGCUGGUCACCGGGUUCAGCACGUAUUGGGCACUGACGAGGUUUACAAUGCCGAAUGUGCUAGCGAGGAUCUUCUCUUCGUGGACGGGGCCGCGAACCGAUGUCUUUUCUGAAGAGCAGGCGACCGGUGGCGCGUCGGCGGCUGUCAGAGUCCUGUUGUCGCUAUUUGCUGCGUUGACGGUCGCUAUAGCGGAGUCGUUCUUGUAUGCGGCGUAUCUGGGGAAAAUUGAGAGGGCCCGUGUGCAAGAGAGGAAGGUCAAGGAGCGCAAGACUGUUGUUGGAGCUGUGCAGGAUAGUGGGCAAGUUGCGAGUGCAGAGCAAGAAGAGGUUGAGAUCUGGGGUAAGGGAGUGAACGGAGGCGUGAGGCGAAGGGUCAGAGAGAAGUGGGAAAGAGAGAAAGAGCAGUCGUGA